UCGGCCAAUCGCAGCCUCUCCUUCGGCCUCCAUGUUUGUUUGUUUCUCGGCGCUUGAGAGAAGGACGAGUGGAGCUCAAAUAGAAAGUUGGUCAUUUCAGCUUGCAUUUUACCGUUAAAACUGACCCUAUAUUAAAUGCAGGGUGAAAUAUGUCAAGAACUCCCAAGGAAGGAAAGGAAUCAAAACCGCACCGGGUGCGGUCACACACCAUUAUGGGUCAAGAUGAGGUCGGCUCUGGGAAGAAGUCAUACUGGCCAGAACUUGAGAUAACAGGAAAUAUUCGAAAUAUAAGUCCAGCUGUUUGGUCACUGCAGCACCUGACAUCUCUGUACCUGAAUGACAACUGUCUGUCUCGCAUUCCUGCUGAAAUUGCCCGACUUGAACACCUAAUGUAUCUUGAUUUGUCAUGUAACAAAAUCCGCAGCCUCCCAGCUGAAAUUGGCGAAUUAACGCGUCUCAGGGAACUGCUGCUCAACAACAACCAACUGCGUGUUCUGCCUUACGAAAUAGGCAAACUCUUCAACCUUCAAAAUAUUGGGUUGAAGGGUAAUCCUCUAACAAUGGAGAUCCAAGCCGUCUACUCUGAGUCCAAUGGAACACUGAAACUCCUCUCAUACAUGCUAGACAACUUAGCAGGUCAGUAA